UUGAAAUUCAUGAAGCUCCAGACGAUCAAAGCUUCACAAUUGCGCCAACAUCAAUUGUUCUUUGAUUUUCAUCAUAAACCCUGCGAUAUCUAUAGAAGAAGGUUCCGAGAUGUUUACACCACGGUUCGCAACCUCAUUUGGGUCUGCUGCCCCUUCAAAUCGCGCAUCACAAUGUCUUCGUCAACAACGAGUCCAAGCUACACGGUCAAGUAGACCUGCUACAAGAAACCCUAUAUCAUGUCGAACACAACAGCAGAGAUGGCAAUCGACACGAUCACAGCCUAAGAUCAAUCCUUCUAAAGGUUCAUUCUCGAGAAAUGUCAAAAUACUCUUCAAAGCACAUCCAUAUAGCAUGACUGGUGCUACCAUAGCGUAUUUUACCCCUCAUAUUCAUUACUAUUUGCUUUUUACAAGGGCAACGCUAAUUCAGCAUAUGUAAAUUCAGCAUAGGUUUUGGAGUUUUUUGUCUAGGAUAUAUCAAUUGGUGGUAUAAAAAAUACAUAAUCGAUGGCUUCAAAGCCUUUCCCGAACCUGUCGCAAAGCAACUGCGGAAAGCGCUUUACUACACCAACAUGUCUCUUGAACCUAAGAACGCUAUAAAAUACUAUAAGGAAGCAUUACGAGUUGCCGAUGAGAUGGGUAUGGAUCCAUUUUCUGAUGAGUAUCUUGGAAUCAAGAUCUCAGUUUGUGUUUUAUUGGAAAAGGUACAAGCCUAUGAUAAGGCUAUUGGUGUAUACGAAAUUAUGAGGGAUGAUUGUGGGAAAUGGAUGGAGCAAUUGGGAGAUUUGGAAAGGAAUAUUGGAAAGAGAACAAGAAUUCUUAGGAGGAUGAUAGAAAUCAGUGUCAAAAUUGCUGAUUUAUACAAUGGGGAAUAUGUUUUGCAGCCGGAUAAAGCAGAAGAAAGUUUGGUAUAUGCAGUGGAGACUAUAUUGAAAGAACAAAUGAGAAGGCAAAAAGAAGGAGUCAGACCUGGAGAAGAAGUUUGGUUAUCGGAUGAAGAGAUGGGUGGGACUUUUGAAAGUAUGUUUUUCCAUCAGGGUCAUCAAGUUGAAUUAAGCUAAUUAUCUUUCUAGCUCUGGCACAUCAUUACGAAGCAACAGAUAAGCACCAUCUUGCUGCACCAUUAUUCCUCCAAGCUAUAGCACUAUCUACUCCCGCUACCUGCCACACAGCCGUAUUAAGUUUGUCAUCUCUUUCAAUUUUCAAAGGACCACUGAUUAACCACUUUUCAUAGUGAACAACCUCUCCAUAUCAUUAGCCCAACAAAAUCCCCCACCAGAACCAGGUCAACCCAUAAUAUCUCGCUCUCAACAAAUCAAAAAUGCCCGCGCAUGGGCCACUAAAUCUUUAGAGAUAUGCGCCAAAAUAUCACCACCAGAAAGAACUGAAGAGUGUGAUAUAAGUUGUGCAGUGGCAACACAUAAUCUAGGAGAAUUCGCCGAAAUGGAUGGAAAUAUACAGGAAGCUAGGAAAAGAUAUGAAGAAGCGAGAAGUUUAGCGAGUGCGAUGGGAUUUAAGGAGGGUGAAGCACAGAGUGAAGAGAGGUUGGCAAGGAUUAUUGGAAGCUCGGAGAUUAUUAAUAAAGGAUAAAUGGUUUUUGAGGUUUGCGUUGCAUGAAGUGUCUGAGAGGUAGUAAAGGUCUUGUUCCUUUGGUUUCAGACUUAACUUGACAGUAUUCAAUGCUUAAAUGGAUAUAUACAGCAUUAGAAAAUCAGUAAAUCCUGCAUAUAAAUUUAAAUUCAACUCUUUCCCCC